GUAUGCGAGCGCUUUAGAACGUUGUUUGCAAUCGCGGAAAGUGGCAACGGGAAAUCAGCAAAAAUAUACAAAAAAAAAAAAAAUAAAAAAAUAACACUGAAACAGAAAAAAAGAAAAUAAUAAACGGUGACGACAGUAGCUAACAGCAAAUAGCGAAUAGCGACUAGCAAAUAGCACAUCAGCAGCGAUAGCAAUAGCAAUAGUGACAACGGGCACAAGAGCAUAAGCAUAUAUACUAUAGCGAUAACAUAAUACUAUACUCUAUAGACACAGUAUACCGUAUAUAAACUGCUAACUGCAAACUGUCAGCGGUCGCCGCAUUUACAGAAGCUAUAGCCGGAGUCGCAAUCGGUCGCAGUCAGAGUCAGAGUCGAAGUCGAAGUCAGCGGAAUCAGCGAACACGGCAGAGAAAAGAAAGAAACUACCAAGCGAUAAAAGCGACAUACACAAACAUACACAAAUACACAUACACAUACACAUACACAAACACACAUACACAUACACAUACACAUACACGCACACACGCGGUGACACAGAGCACACAUGGAGACACCCUGAAAGAAAAAUGGCAGCAGCAAAAAAAGGCACACUGUAUUCAAUUAAAAACCUCAACUGAUGCAGCUGCUCUUUGGAUAAAAAUCAAAUAAGCCACGCGCAGGCACCCAUCGACAUAUAUAUAUACGAGAGUGUGUAUAUAUAUAUAUCGAUAUAAAAACGAAAAGUAUCAAAAAAUGAGAAGCAGACAGAGAUAAAGAUUGCGAUUACACAUAAUUGCGAUUCGGUGAGCAGGCGCAUUCAAACAACCAAACGAAACGAAACGAAACGAAACCAAGCUGAAAUCCAAAAGUUUAAAAGAAAUAAAAACAAAAAGUACAUAGCAAGCAAUCGGGCAAAGCUGCACCUUUAAUACGACAACAACAAGAAAAUAUUUUGCAAUAUUUUAUAAAGAUUUUUUGGCAUUUUUUUUUUGUACUGUUUGCUCGCAACAAUGACAAACAAAAGUGUGUUCACAUAGUUAAGUGUGCUGUUUAAUUCGAUUAAGAAGCAAGCGCAUCACCAACAAAAUAAUCAACUUCAAGGAUAUGGAUUUAAAUCGGCAACAAUAAAUAUUACAACAACAAUAGCAGAGCAAGUGGAGGAGGAGCGGCAACAACAGCAUCAAGCAUUAAAAGCGAAUGCCGCUGGCGCAUAGGUCAAUUUAGCAUGAUAGAUAAUCAAUCGUAGGGCGAUUGAAGUGAAUAAAACUGCAAACAAAUUGAUUGAUUUUUUUGUUGCAUUUUUUUUAUUGUAAAUAUUGUGAUUAUGAGCCGACGUUUUAAUGGUGCAAUUUUUUGAAACUUAUACAAAACAACAACAACAAAGAGCAUAUAAGUAAGAUUGUUAAUCCAGUGCUUAGACAUAAGUCUAUGUGUGUGUGUGUGUGUGACUGUGUGUGUCAACUGUGUGGCCAGAAAACAAAACAGAACAGAAGACAAAGGAAAGCUGAGAGCAGAAAGCAGAUCGCGGGGCAGUGUCUGUGAGCGCGAAACGAUGCCGCAAUCUCGACUCGAACGCAAACGCAAACUCGAACUCGAACUGCACACGAACGUCACUCCAGCCACAGCCACCGCCACCGUCACCGUCACCGCAACAGACAAAGCCAAAGUCACAGCCAGUCACGCCUGCCCGCCACUGCCAUACAAGAAAUCCUCUGCCUCAGCUUCGGAAUCAGCCUCGAGCACAGCAUUAAUAGCAACAACUUUAAGAUCCACUUUCGCAUCAGCUUUAACAUCAAUAUCAGUAACAUCAACAUCUACAUCUGACAUAAUCGCCGCCUGCUGUGGAGCCUCAAGCUAAGGACGAGACAAAGGAAAAAGGAAUACACAAUUAGAAGAAUUUUUUUUCUGUAGGGCCAUCAUUAAUCGAGUGAAUAAGUAGCGGCAAGGGUAAUUUACUUGUCAGCUUCCUUUAAACAUCUUUGAGUUUCUAUCCAAAGCAAUUGCGACAUUCGUAUGUGAGUGAGAUUACUGCCUGUACCUAUCAAUCGUGCGUGUGUUUUUGAGUGUAUCACUCGUGUUCGAGUUUCGUAACCUACGCGAGCCACUGCCUCAUAUGCAAGGACACCCAAUCGAGUAACGGCAACUUCGAAGUCCUUGAGUGUGGAGCACACGCAGCGCGAACUAAGUCAGGCCACGACACGCCAGGACCCCCCAACAGCAACCCAAGCAACGGUUAACGGACAACGGUCAACGUUCAACGUUCAACGCUCAUUUCGUAUUCGUCAACCGCCGCCAUGUGGAUAACACUCGCUUCUCUGUUCGUCAUCAUAGCCCAGCUUUGUGAGUUGGUCCAGUGCGCUGGCGAAGCUGAUUAUACACUCGAUGAUUCGUUUUGGAACGAAGAAAGUCCUGUUGGCGAAGUGGAACGCUUACUCAAAGAGUAUAGACAAAAUCAGGAGCUUGUGCGUCGUAUCGGUGGGCAUUAUUAUCAGAUAAUCUAUCCGGUACAGCUGCGUCAUCAUGAGAAAAUGGGAAUCUCAACUCGUGAAGUCAGUGUCCCAAAGGUACGCAAAGAUUUGCAUAAGAGAAAUACUAGAAAAAUCGAAACAGACACAAUGCCAGGACAACGACCACGCCCACACGAUGACAGUGGAUUUAGCAGAGGUAGAACAAAGAAGCACUUCCACCGCACUUCGUUGCUCAUCAAGGCAUUUAAUCACAAAUUUCGAUUGGAUUUGGAAUUAAACUCUCAACUACUUUCGCCCAACAUACAGCAGAAACACUAUCACGUUGGUGGAUAUCUCGUUGACGGCAAUCGACAUGACAUCGAGCAUUGCUACUAUCAUGGCACAGUGAAGGAUUAUCCGGGAGCAAGUGCUGCCUUUCACACCUGCAACGGAGUUAGCGGCGUCAUUCACAUUGGCAACGAGACCUUUGUGAUUCAUCCCUUUUACGGCGGAGAUCUGUCGAAACAUCCGCACGUCAUUUUCGAAGCACGCACCAAGGCCAACAAAGGAUGCGCAAACUCUGGCAAUUUGGACUCUUGGAGACUGUCGCGACGGACCAAACACCUGUCGGCGGGCGUUGUCGAUGAAAUCCAUCCAAAUGGGGCGGGGCGUUACAAGCGAGAUGUGCGCGAGGCCACCAAAUACAUUGAGACGGCCAUCAUAGUGGAUAAGGCCAUGUUCGAGAAGCGCAAUGGGAGCACACGUGCAGAGGUGAUACACGAUGCCAUACAGGUGGCCAAUAUAGCUGAUCUGUAUUUCCGCACGCUGAACACUCGUGUCUCGGUGGUAUACAUUGAGACGUGGGGCAAAAAUCAGGCGGCCAUCGAUGGCAGCAAGGACAUCAGCAAGGCAAUAUCCAAUUUUAACGAUUACACCUCUAGGAAUCUCUUUCAAAUCGAACGCGAUACCACACAGCUGCUAACUGGAGAGACUUUUGCGGGUGGCGAGGCUGGCAUGGCAGUGCCCGAGACAGUUUGCACACCGCGUGCCGUUGGUAUCAGCGUCGAUGUGAAUGUUUACGAGCCGCAUCUGUUAGCUGGGACCAUGGCCCACAUGAUUGGACACAACAUUGGCAUGGGCCAUGACGAUGGUCGUGAGGAAUGCUUCUGUCGGGACUGGCACGGAUGCAUAAUGGCACAGUCAAUAGUCGGUCAGGAGAAUGUGCAGCCAUACAAAUUUUCGGAAUGCAGUAAAAAGGAUUACAUUGACGCAUUGCGCACGGGUCACGGUCUUUGUUUACUCAACAAGCCCAAUGAGAUCGAGCUGCGGCGCAACUGCGGCAACAAAGUGAUCGAGGAGGACGAGGAGUGUGACUGUGGCACAUUCGAGGAGUGCGCUUUGGACCCAUGCUGUGAUGGCAUCACAUGUAAGCUCAAGUCGGAGGCACAGUGUGCCAGCGGUGCCUGCUGCGACCAAUGCCGGCUGCGACCCAAGGAUUACAUCUGCCGCGACUCGCACAACGAAUGUGAUUUGCCCGAAUAUUGUGAUGGCGAGGUCGGUCAAUGUCCCAUUGAUAUCUACAAAAAGAACGGCUCACCUUGCGGUCUCAGUAAAUUGGGAGUUUCAGGCUACUGCUUCCAGGGCUAUUGUCCAACGCUGACGCUGCAAUGCGAGGCUAUCUGGGGCUACGGCGGCUUUGCGGCCGAUCGCCAGUGCUACGAGCAGUUCAAUUCAAAGGGUUCAAUCAACGGUCACUGCGGUCGCGAUGCCAACGAGCAUUACAUCAAAUGCGAACCAGAGAACGUCCAGUGCGGCACGCUGCAGUGCAAGGAGGGCGAGAGGCAGCCAGUUAACGAUGGCAUCGACCAGCUUUACUCUCGCACCAUAAUCUCCAUCAAAGGGCAGGAGUAUGAAUGCAAGGCGACCAGCGGUCAAGUGGGCUCCAAUAGCUAUCCCGAGCAUGGCCUGGUCAAGGAUGGGACUCCGUGUGGCGAUAAUUUGAUUUGCCUUAACCAAACGUGCGUCAGUCUUUUCCCUCAUGUGGAUUCAACCAAGUGCCCAACGAAUAAGCAGGGUCAAGAGUGCUCAGAGCAUGGUUUCUGCACGAAUGCGAACCGAUGCUUUUGCGAUAUGGGCUGGGGCGGCACAGACUGCAGCACCGUGGUGCUGUUGACCACACCACUGCCAACGGAAGCAUUGCCAACGCCGGAGAAUACAAUCAAAAUGGAGAAGAAAGAAACUCCAUAUGAGAACUACCACGGCUCAAAUACAGUGUUCCUAGUCGGUGUUCUAAUGUCAGUUGUAGGGUUCGUUUUUAUAACAUUCACCUUGAUGGCAUUGUGCUACAGGUCAGUUGUAGUACAUAGAAACUUCUCCCUGUGUCUGAGACGCAAGACAACCACCCUCAAGUACGAUCCGCCCUUCUCAAAGAAACCCAUACCAAAGGGGUACGGCGGAGCAGCAACGGCGCCCAAUCAUCAUUCCGUCGAAGAAGUCUCAUUAGAUGGUUCCAGCAAAUUGGUGUACGCCAAUCAAGCAGGCUUCAGAGAUAAGAACCUACAUGGACGUCGCUAUACGACUGGUGGUGAGGAUGAUCAAUCACAUGCAGAGAAGGGCAUUCUGAAGAAGCAUGGCUACGGACUCGUGCACGGCGAGCAGCUGAAGGACAAGUGGUGCGAUGACAGCCAAUCGGAUGAGGUGAUCACACAGGAUGGCACUCAGGCGUCCACAAUUGGCGGCGCCGCCGUUUCGGAGGUGGAGCGCACGCUCAAGUCGCUCAACGGCUACCACGAGGACAUACUGGAGGCGCUGCGCAACGCGGCCUCGCACCGCGGCACUGGCACCGGCAACACGCCCGUCGGCAGCGGCAGCCUCAGCGAGGAGAUGCUGCGCAAAACACUGCAGGAUUGCACCAGCGCCCAGCUUGGCUACUCCGUUGAACCGUACAAGCGAGCGAGUGGCUCCAAGUCUAGUUCGCGCGAAAACAUUUGCGACAGCGCGACGGCGCACGCCAUUCUCAUGGAUGGCAGUGCUUCUGGAUUGGGCGGUCUAUCGCUUGGCGCUGAUUUGAGCGGUGUGCGGGGCGUUGGCGGUGGCGGUGCCAUUGGCGGUAUGCCUGGCGCAGGCGGCGGCGGUAUGUCGAAUGCCAUCGGACAUGGCGGUGCGAUGAUGCAUCAUCAUCGGUCGCAGCAUCAGUUGCACCAGACAAGCGCAAUAUCGUUGCAACAGCAGCAGCAGCAGCAGCCAACUGAUGACGAUGAUGCCCCAUCGACUGGGCCGCUGCGUAUACGCAAUCUGGAGGAUCUGAUCAGACAGCUGGAGCAUCAUUCGUCGCGUCACAUGAGUCCCAGUGGCUCCGAGGAUAUACGCAUGUCGGAGACGGAGGCCGAUCGACACUAUAGAUUAGAUAGUUCCGCCGCUUGUAGUGAGUCCUCGCAAGGCUCGAAUCAGCAAGCAGCUCAAUCUCAGAAAACCGCUACAAUCCACCCGUCUUACAGCAGCCGUUGUCGGCCCCGCUCUGACGAGGACUCGCGCUUUGCCUACGGCGGACGUUAUCGUCAGCCGGCGCCAGCCGCACGCCACACAACGCAUCAGUCGCAUUCGCCGCAUGCAUUCGGCCAUCAUACACACCAUUCGCACGCCCAUGGACAUGCCACACAUGGCCCACACUCAUCGCACCACUCGUCCCACACGCACCUGCACCAGGAUGACGAGGGCAUCUAUGAGAGCGCCGAUCACCAUGAGCGCGGCGCCCUCGACACGCGACUAGAUCCGCAGGAGACGCCCGAAAGCGAAAGUGAUGACUUUAUUCAAGCUCAACAACAGUUAGCCCGGUGGGCGAGUGAGGAUGUGGUAUCCGUCGUGGUAUUGGAGCAGCCGCAAUCCGGCACAAUGUCGGAUUCCCAACCAUCCAGCGGCGUCGGGCCCAUGUCAGCGGGGGCUACAACGAACAACGUUAUCCACCAUCAGCAUCCGCACCAGCACCACGGCGAUCAUCAAUCCUCCGCAGCGGCAGCAGCGGCGGCGGCGGUGCAACAAGCAGCAGCCAACAGCAACUCUAUAAUGGGUAUGGGAGUCGUCCCAAAUGGUAUAAAUGUAAGUCAGAGGGACUACUACCCCUCGCCACCCUCAACGGAGACGGAAAGCAGUGGAAGUGUUAUCCAACCAGCUACGCGCCGCACGUUGCAGUCACAGUCACGGGAGGCAGACAUAAGCCAACAGCAAUUGCAGCUCCAUCAGCUGCAGUUGCAUCAGCACCAGCAUCCGCAUCAGCAAUAUCAGCAUCAUCAUCAGCAGCAGCAACAGCAGCAGCUCCAGCAGCAAUCAAUCGAUACCAGCAGCAGCAACAACAGUCAAUCCGGUCAAAUAAUCGAGAAUGGUUGUUACCCGGAAUAUAAGCAUUGACAGUUCCAAAAGCUCUAGCUUAAAUCGAAAUAUUAUCGAUACUAUCGAUACUUCUGCUGUCACACCAUAAAGAGAUGGCAGAGGCAGGCGCAAGCAAAUCGUACGAUUCGAUUUACUCGCAACUAUUCACCAUAUUCAACGUACAUCCAUGGUCUAACGCUACAUACAUAUAUACGUAUUUUCUAAACAUACAUGCAUAUGGUAUACACAUACAUACAUACAUACAUACAUACAUACAUGUAGAUCAAUAGGAGAUGUAUAUGUAAAAUUCCGAUUGACAAAAGUUAACGAACACACUCACUCGUGCACAUAUGUAUGUACAUGCAUACAUAACGGUUCACACUUAUUUGAAAUUAUAUGUGAAUUAGAUUGUAAGCAUUUUUAUACUUCAAGAAAAUGAUAAUGUAAGAGGAGCAUGUGUAUAUACAUACAUAAGUACCUCAGACAUGAUGACGGCGAUUCGAUUUCGGGGAAGAAAACACACACACACACACUCGCAACACUUGUAAAUAUACUUACAUACAUAUGAAUACAGAGAGAAAGACAGAAAGUUGACUGUCGAUCAAUUGGUCGAUCUUUAUCGGAGGAAGAACCAUUUGCAUUUGUACAUAAUGAAAAGACACGCGGAGUAUUUCGAGUUUUUGCAGUAGAUACAAAUUGUUAGUCUUAGGCCCAUUAUGAUAUUUGUGUAUUUAUGCGUCAUCCAGAUGUUAUGAUAUUCGUACGCCCAAUGUGUUUCCCCCCUGAUCGGGCACACUUUUGAUAAUGACUGAUAGAUUGUGUGUAUAUAUAUAUAUUUUUUUUUUGUGGCAACAAGUGCUGACAGUUCAGAUUGAAGAAUAAUAACAAAAUACCGGCUAAUGUUUAAGCUUAUUGAGUUUUACUAGUACAUACACCUAUCAAUAAACGAAACCAUAACGAUAUAUAGAUAAUAUUUAGACUAAUGAUUAACCGGGCAAGCCCUGUAACAAUAACAAUUAUAGACUUACAUACAACCUACAUACUAAGCAGCAUCACAGCAUCAUAAUAUUCAGAAGAAACAAAAAUAAUGAUCAUGUGCAAUAACUGAUUCGCCCAGUGUUCAGAU